AUGCCCGAAUGCGCAGAUUCUUGCUUCGUUGGGUUUGAGAAGGCGAUGAAGCCGUUUGCGAUCAGCAUUGGCUUCGUCCGAGGAAAGGUGAUGCUGGCUGGUUCUAGCCCUCUGACGCUCCCGUCCUCCCUCGCAGAGACGAAUCCGUCCGCAACGGCGGCCAGCGAUUACAACUCCCUCAUCGGCAUCAUCGACUCUAUCUUGUCGCUAACGCAAGAGAGCAGCAGCUCGACUCUCGCACUAUCCCGCGAUAUCACGACUAACGCAAGCAAGCGGUCAUACAGCGAUACAUCUGGGAUUUCCGUCGCCCUAGUUUCCGACAAGUGCAAGCGGCAAAAGCUGAGCGAUGCGACCUCUCCGGACUAUCUAUUCGAAGUUAGUAGUGACGCCGAAGCGCCACCGCGGGAUUCGGCGUCUCUUAAAGAGAAGUACAAGUCCGGCAACUUCGAGGAGGCCAACAACGACAUGGAGCUGAGCGACUUUGAAGAACACAGCCUGAAUACGAAGGACCAUGAUGAGGCCGAUUCCGAAGAGGCCGACAACGACGUGAACAGCAAUUCCGAGAUACGCAUCCCGGCAACAAGCGAUCCACACGAGGACGAUUCCCAAGAGUCCGACAACAACGCGGAGAGCAAUUCCGAAGUGCGCAUCCCGUCGACAAGCGACCCAGCCGAGGGCGACUCCGAAGAUGCCGACAACGACGCAGAGCUGACCGACUCCGAGAUGAGCAUCGCAACAAGCGACCCGGACGAAAGCGAAUCUGAAUUGGGCAUGGACGACCCGGAAGAAGGCGACAAGUACGACAGGGCCGACCCAAUGACCACCGGCAUGACCGACUAUGGUCCGGAGAGAUACGACGUCAUUGAGUGGUUCGACGAGGAGGGCAAUUUCCAAAUGCGAGCAGAAAUGGUACGCGAGGACCACGACGAGAGCGGAGACGAGGAGGAGCGUGAUGAUGAUGCGGUUGCGGUUACCUCGGUGCCUCCUAACGAAGCAGUGCAAGGCAAAGACGAGGAGCAAUCUGGCGACGAUGAGAUUGCGGUUACUGCGAUGCCCCUCACCAAAGGAGUGCAGGACAAAGACGAGGAGCCGGCUGAUGAUGAUGAGGAGAUUGCGGUCAGCGCAAAGCCUUUCACCAAAGCGAUGCAGGACGAGCACGAACCGAUGGCGCGACGACCUUCAUUUGUGAACUUCACUUUCCUUCUCUCAUGCAACGAUCAACAUGCCCACAGCACGAUGUCCGGAAGCGCCAGUCCGCACCAGCUGGCCACUUGUGUGUACAAGUCUUCAACAAUCUGGCAAACUCUCGCGGCGACCCUCGCACCCUCAAAGAAUCCUAACGAGGUCCAGCACAAAGCCCGGACUUAUACGCAUUCGAAAGCAUUUGAAAUGUUGUUCACGAGUCAACGAAUGAGGCGUGGGAGGCAUAAGUAA